UUAAGGACCUGCUUAACCAGCUUAAUCAGCAGCUCCAUCAGCCAAAUGCACAGCUGCCAAAUGACCAAAGUGUCAUCCGGGAGUCGCUCCAUGGUGGCCAAGCUCCUGGCCAUAAUGCUGCUGCUGGUGGCGACAGGAAUCCAGGCGCGGCGUCUGGGCCACCGACGCCUCAUCAUCCACGUGCCGGUCAAGGUGAAGACGCACCACCACACCCACACCGUGUACAAAGUGCUCCAUGGAUCACAUGGCGGCGGUGGAGGUGGAGGUGUGAAGCAAACGGUGUACAAAGUGCUUGGCUUUUCCACACACGGAGGUGGCAUUGCCAAGGGCGGCGGCGGAGGAGGAGGAGGAGGAGGCGGUGGCCAUGGGGGCCACGGCAGCUACGACAUGGGCGGAAUGAGCGGAAUGGGGCACGGCGAGAUCACGUACGAGGACAUGCACGGAUGCGAGAGCGGCAAGGUGAUUCCGGCGGCCAGGGACAUGAUUUUCAAUCACUACUCCCGCCACGGCCAGAGCGAUGGCACUGCCGAGGAUUACGCCGAGGAGCUGGACGACUUUGUAGACCUAAGGGAUGGCUGGUUGUGA